AUGCUCCCUCCUAUCCCCGUUUUGUCCGACUAUGGAAUCUCUCCAACCCAUGGUUUCCUACCGGACGUUCUCCCGUUGACUCGACUGCCAGAUCCCUACUAUAACAAGUGGGAGGCCGUCGUUGCCAACCUCCAGGCACUCGUCCUCAGUCGUCGGCUUCGCCCAGUCGUCGACCGGUUGCCUGUCCUCUCCACCAUCGGUCUGGAACAUGACGCAGAAUGGCGGAGGGCGUAUUCCCUGCUGUGCUUCAUGGCACACGCCUACAUCUGGGGCGGCGACGAGCCAUGCGAACAUUUGCCGCCCGCCAUCACCGUACCCCUCCUCAAAGUUUCCAACCACCUUGAGCUGCCUCCGGUUGCCACCUACGCCGCCUUAUGCCUUUGGAACUUCAAGCCUCUAUUUAUCGAUGAGGAUAUCGACAAUCUUGAAAACAUCGCCACUCUCAACACUUUCACUGGUUCUCUUGACGAGUCAUGGUUCUAUCUCGUCUCGGUAGCUAUUGAGGCUCGCGGCGGUCCCAUUAUCCCCCUGAUGCUGACGGCCGUGGCUGCCGCCCGCCAAGGGGAUGCUGUUACCGUUACCCGUUGCUUGCGCACCUUUGCUGAGCGCCUCACCGACUUGACCAACAUUCUGCAGCGCAUGCACGAGAGUUGCGACCCUAGCAUCUUCUAUAACCGCAUUCGUCCCUUUCUCGCAGGGAGUAAGAACAUGGCCGAAGCCGGUCUACCUGAUGGCGUCAACUACGACGAUGGGUCUGGAAAAGAAGAUUACCGUCAGUAUAGCGGCGGUAGCAACGCCCAAAGCAGUAUUAUUCAGUUCUUUGAUAUCAUUCUCGGUAUCGACCACCGGCCAACCGGAGAGAAGCGGGAUCCUUCAACCGAGUCGGAACGGGAGUCUCGGGCUCCGGUGCCGCGCCAUAACUUCAUCAUGGAAAUGCGCCGGUAUAUGCCUGGCCCCCAUGCCCGCUUUCUCAAGGAUGUUUCCGGCGUUGCCAACAUUCGCGAGUUUGUCGAGUCCCGUAAGGACGACCGCAACCUCUGCCUGGCAUAUGACGCUUGCCUCGCCAUGCUGAGUGCAUUUCGCGACAAGCAUAUUGCCAUUGUCACUCGCUACAUCAUCUUGCCGUCGCGCGAGGUGCGUGCUCGCAGCAGGUCGAGGAGUCCCGAGGCGGCCCGUCAGCGUCUCAACCUGGCUACCGCCUCGCGACAGCGCCAAUCCGCGCAGCAUGAGAAUAAGGACAGUGCUGGAGGCAAGAAAAACCUGAAGGGCACAGGUGGAACCGCCCUCAUCCCGUUCUUGAAACAGGCUCGAGAUGAGACCGGCGAGCCCGCUAUCGAGGAGUGGACUCGUCGCUUCAUGAGCAGGACCGUCAAAACCGAGGGCAAGGGUGACUUCUUCCUAGGCAAGCCCGGCCAGCCUGGCCACGAGGCUGAAGUCGAGGUUAGCGGCUUGGCUGGCACUUGGACUGUCGAUGAUGAUGUCGGCGGCAUUUGUCACUACUGA